UUAAGGGCAGACCGCCCAGUGUGGACCAUAAGGUGUGUGUGUGUGGUUUGAAUAUCUGUGUAAAUCUCUCUCUCCCUGAGAUCAGCAGCAGCAGCAGGCAAGGUCAAGGAGGGUAAGGUCAAGGACUUCUGCCAAAAUGUGUGACCCCAGCAUGCAGUAAACUGUGAUAAGGAACAAUGUUUUGCCCUGUGUGUGUGUGUGUGUGUGUGUGUGUGUGCAAUAUGCCUACAUGUUACCUAUGGUCAAUUUUUUAGGUCACUCCACACUCCUAUCAAGGCCGUGCUGGACAGGUUCAGUGACGACUCAGACACGUCAAAUAUCUUCCCUCAGAGGCACUGACAGGCUUCUACAGUGGUAGGGCUGAAACGACACAUCCUGGCGGGGGGCACCUUUGACAGCCCAGGACACACCUCCGCCCCCGCCAGCAACCUCAUCACCCGACUGCUAGUUCAGGACCCAGCGCAGUGGUCCAACUCAGAAGAGAUUGCUGCCACGAGUACCUGGCUAGUGCCCCCCCUCUUAUGUACUAGCCCUGACCUUCAGCGACGACCCCGACCCCAUGGAGGCUCUUCAAGGUGGUGGAGACCCUGUUGCACGUUCAUCUGGUGGUGGAGUUCCCUGGCGGCGGCGAGCUGUUGAACACCAUCACCACGGAGGACGCAUGACGGAGGCACGGGCAGCGGCAGUCUUCACACAGAGCCUGGACUACGACACGUGCGUCAACUCUGCCUGGCUGGACGAGGAGCGCACGCAGUGCUACACAUUUGUGGUGAAGAAGGACGCGGCGCGUUGGCUGGUGGUGCUGCUCACGGUUCUUGUUGUGUGUGGGAUUGACAUUGCCAUCAAGUCACUCUCCAAAUGCAAAUACUCCUGGCUCCAGAUGUGUAUCCUUGCUGCUGCUGCUGGUCCGGGCCUCGGACAGUGA